UUUGGGAACCUUUCAUAUACAAACAUACAUAUAUAUUUUUAUAUAAAUAUAUUUAUACGCUAAUAAUAAUCAAAAUUUGUAAAUAUGUCAAUGUUGAGCUGUAAUAUACGCGAUAUGGAACCUACCACCUCCAGCUUAAGGCGAAAUGAUUACCAUUUACACACACCACUGUUUGUGCUCGAUGUCAUACGUUUAUUUCAAGACCACCCCAAGUAUGUUAGGGGACUCAAAGAGAUUGAUAUUGUGUCCUUAUUGGAAAAAGAGGACAUUGGUACGGGCGAUGUCGAAGCUCAAGUAAAAAUGGCAUUAAAGGAAUUAACUUCCAGCGGAUUUGUGCGUUUCGUUUCUCAGGGAUAUCGCACAAUAGGACCAUUUGCGAAAUUAGCUUUAGCUCGCACACCCCAUCAACAGAAUGUAGCUUGGGAACGUUUAAGUAAAAUGCAAACAAUUAAUUGCUCUAAUUUAGGUUCGUGUUCCAGUACUCGCUCUUGCACUUAAUGUAUGAAUGCAUUUAGUAUCUAAUAAAAAUAUACAUUCAUACAUACAUAUGUACAUACAUAUGAAUGUAAAUAGACCAAUUCAAGUAACGCCUUAUUAUAUAUCAAAUUGUAACCUAUUAUGGC